GCACGUGGAAGAGAAAGAGAACCCAAUGUAUAUAUGCUGAGUGAUAAAGAGAAGAAAAAGGUGCGCCAAAUGCGGAAGAGAAGGGACAAGAUAUAAGUCUCUACAAACACAGGUAUACACACUCUCCUGAGUUGCUGAAUGCGCGGCAAAGGGGAUUCAACAGUAUGUUCAUAAUCGGUGCCGGUGUACCGUUGCUUUUCAAUGAAGAUUGCUUUUAAGUUUUCCUCCCGUUUCCCUCUUAGUGGUACACGACAGAUCUAAAGAAGCUGGAGAACACAGUGACUCGGUAACGUGUUAAAAACCUCAUGGUGUUCUCUCGUGUUUUUUAAAAAAAGUUAAUAACUUCUUCUAUAAUAAUUAUCGCUGUUAUUUAUAUUUUAUUAUUUCUUCCACAGAGCCGUAAAAAAAUCCAGUGUUAAUUUAUUAUAAUGUUUUAUAUAUCAUGUUAUUUAUAUAUCUUCAAUAUUAAAUGCUUGGGUGGGUAAAUUUGUAACUCAAUAUUCUUCAAUGACGAAAUUUAAUUCCAAGUGCUCUCACGUAUUUGAAACACGAGGUGAUGUGAAAGUGAAGUAAAAUAAGUUUAAGUAUUGCUAAAAAUGGUAUAUAAAUAGUGAUAGGCGAUUAAAGUUAUGGUGUCAUGUUGUUUUUAAAAAAUAAAAACAACAAAUCAUUAGGCAACUGGGGCAUUAAAUGGAAAAUUACAGUUUACACGGGAGUUAGAACAUGAACAGUUAAUAAUCAACACGUGGUGAGAUGGAGAAGUGAUCAGUGAACCAGUUCUGUUACACGACUCCAGUUUCCCAUCGAUAUUUAAAAUUGUAAAAGUAUUUUUUAAGUAUCACAGUAUUACACUAGUUGAGAUUUUUUUCGAUAUUUAAAGAGAUGAGUGAACGUCGUAAUCUGAAGGUCGUUGACGUCCGAGAGACACUUGACUCCAAGUUGGCUUAUCUUCCUGGCGGAAGAGAUCGAGAAGGCAAGCCUAUUCUUGUUGUCGAUGUCCCCAUAUAUUCGUCUGAUGAAUCCGUUGCUGAUAACAAAUUAGAAAAACUCUUGGCUUAUCUCCUCUCAACAUUCAAUGAUGAGACGAAGAAGAAUGGAAUUUCGUUGAUUAUGGAUGCGAGAAAAGGAUCUUGGAGAGUAGCCAGGUCGUAUAUUCAAAGAUCCAUGAACGUGGUGGGGAAAUACGCAGCUCGUAUGAUUGUAAUACGACCUGAUAGCUUCUGGGAGAAACGAGUUGAUAACUGCACCAAGUCCUGGAAGGACGGCGAGCCAAUUUACAUUUCUAUCACGAGAUUAUAUUCUUACGUGGAUUCGGCUCAAAUUACAUGUGAUUUAGGAGGAACUAAAAGCUAUGAGCAUUAUGACUGGAUUCAAAUGCGUGUUAGGGUAGAGGAUUAUGAAAAGAGUACUGCGGAUUUAAUCUAUAAACUAGAGGAAUUCAAAGAUAAAUUAAAUAACUUUGGAAAGAUUGAUGAGACUAGCGAAGAAGAAAAGAGUGUUGAAUUUUAUGUGGAAAACAGAGAUGAGUUGGAAGCGAUGUGUCGAUAUAUUCUUCACGAAGGAAGAAUUUUAGCGAGCGAUAUGAGUAGUGAAACAUCUCAGGAUAUUCAGGACACUAUAAAUCGGAUUCACGAUCUUUUAGAUAUGAUAGAGUCUAAACAAAUUGAUGUAGAAACUAGUUGGACUCAGAUGACAAAUAAUUUAACAUUGUUACGAGAAGUGAAAGACAUUGAACAAGGUAUUAAUAGAGUUACUAAUUGGAUUCUUGGUCCUGCUGACGCAAUGCUCAAUUUUCAUAGUAAUGUUGGUUUCGAUGUUGCUUCUUCCGAAAUUUUACGACGUGAGCAUGAAGAGUUAGAACGAGAAUGCAGAGUGACUUAUGCUAGAUAUACACAAUUAACUUUUAGAAUAAACAAAUUACCUGAACAUUGUCUAACUGAAUGCCUUAAAGCGCAAAAAGAUUUCAUGGAUUUUGUGUGCAGAGGCUACGCCACGAGAUUAGAAAGGCGAAGAAAUAUUUUAAUUACUUGCCAACGAUUCUUUCGUUUAGUUUCUGAGUAUUUUGAUAAAACCAGUGAAGUAUUUGAUAAAAUGAUAAUGGGUAACAGAGCCUGCAAUUCUUUUGAAGCAGAAACAAAAUUAAUUAACUUAGAAGCUAGUCAAGCGAACUUGGAUGGAAUUUUAAAAGAUUUAAUUAGAGAGGGAGAAAAGUUUUCAGAACUGCUAUCGAUGCCAGUUAAAAAUGCAUUAGGCCGCGAUGUUAAAGUUGAAUAUACGGAAGACAUAACAAAUGUCACGGAUAUAUUAGACGCAACAAAUGCCAGAAAAAAUAUUUUUAAUGACUCAGUAGAGCUACAAAAAUUAACAUUGAAACAAACUAUUUCAAUUUGUACAUACGAAACAGAUGCUGAUCAAUCAAUUAAAUGGCUAAGUGACCUCUUCAACGUGUUAAUUAAAAAUUACACGGAAGUAGGCUGCAACAUAACCGAAAUUAAGAAGCAGAAAGACGACUUACAAAAUUUCGAAGAAAUUUCACAAGGUGCGUUCGAGUACGGCUGCCAAUUAUUAAAUGGAGCAAGAAUACUACGGACCUCUUGUAGAUUGAGCUUAGACACAAAUGCAAGUUUAUUCUCUCAACUAAGAGAGGCUUGGCGACGCAUUAGAUCAGUGAGUCAGGAACAACUCACAAGACUUAGAGUUUGUACGAUUUUCCAUCGAAGUAUCGAUGAGCACUGCCGCAGAUUAAAUGAUUUAAUAAAAAUAGCGAACAGUUCUCUGUAUUUAAUAAAUAAAAAUAAAUCUGCAUCUGACGAAUGCCUGAGUGAUAAUUCUUCGACGUCGGAAUGUUUGAAAGAAGUUGUGGAAAAUCGUGAAAAACUGAUGGUCUACAUCGAUAGAACUGUUAAACUGGGAAGAUUACUUAGCACUAGUUUAAAAGAACCUCUCUGCUCUGAAUUAAGGAUGUCUACGUCGAAAGAAGACUUGCCGAUGACAGAGAACAGAAAUCUAUCAGCAGUCGAAGCGAUUUCCGAAAAACUUGCCGAAGUUACCCGACUUGCAGAGAAGUUGGACGCAAAAUUAGACGAAGCUGGCGUGAGAACUAAAUUUACAAAGGAUGAAAAAGAAAAAAUAGAAAGUAUCGAAUUAUCAUCGAUACGCACAGCGAGUCCGUCUUCACUUGGUACAGUAAUCGAAGUACCUCGUAAAGAAGAUAUCGGUAAUUAUGAGGAAGAUAGUAAUCAUGAUUUGUUGCAAGAAGAAAAUACUUUGAGAUCAAAUGAAGAUGAUGACGGUCUAUGUGAACAAAAUACUUAUGAGCGUCAUAAAAAUAAUAAUGAGGUUCAACAAGUAUGUAGUUCGGAAACGGAAGAAAUAAAUACCGAAGAUUACACGACUGCAACAGAAUGUUCAUUGACACCAGUUGCAAGAUCUCGUAGUGAAUCCUUCGUUACAAUGUCAGAGUGUGAUGACAUUUCAUCUGACGUAUAUCGAGUGGAGGGAGUAGAAAACCUGGAGUGUAAGGCUGUCGAUGGCUUAGUAACGUCUGAAACGUCUGGGCUUGUUGAUGAACUGAAGAUCAUGAGUAAAACGCCCGAAUUAAUCGUUGAUAUAAAUCAGAAUGUUCCAGACAUCAAGAAGACUAAUGCCACUUCAAUAAUUGAAACUGUUGAGGAAACGUCUGGGAAAGUCGUUAAAGAAGUAACGGAAGUAACAACACUUCGUGUAUCUCACGAUACUAAAUUUGGUGUUGCUUCUUACAAAUUGACUUCUAAUACCCUUACGGAGAAUAAUGAGUACAAAAAUGCCGAAGGUAUUCUUGAUGCAAGUCAUCAAUACAUCAACGGAUUUAAUAAUGGAAUUCAUCAUGAUGACAAAGAUGCCAAUGGAGAGUAUUCACGUGAAGAAAUAUCGAUAUCAGAACCCGAGGUUUCAAAACUAGAAAAUGGUCACUGCAGACAUUCAAAAAUCGUAAAAGAAUCAAUGAGUGAAUACAAACUAAAAUUACCACCUGAUGAGCUAAAGAACGUGAGAUUCUUAGACACAAAGGGAAAUAAUGACAGUGGUAUAGAAAUGGCACCAAAACACAGCGAAAGAUUAGAAACAAGUGAAGAAGAAGAUGAUGAUAAUGAAUUUUUUGAAAAAUUUAAAGGGGUAAGCUGCACGCAAGUUGUCACUGAUACUCAACCAGUGAUUUUGCAUGGUUUGCAGUGUGAGAAUUGAAACAAAAUUGCUUUUGAAAAUUACAUGCUCAGAAUUAUGUGCAAUCAAGCAUUCCACCGUUGAAACUUGUUAUUAGUUGUUCAAAAUAUUAUUAUUUUAUUUAUGUUUCUUUUUUUUUUUUUGUUAACCCAAUAAUUAUUAUUACUCAUAUUGUUUAUAUUAAUGUUGAAAUUUUUGUUAUAUUUUAUUAUUAAAACAGCAUCUAUUUGAAAUAUAUUUAAUAAAUAAUUAAUAUAAUAAUUACGCAAUAGUAUUACAAUCUUUAAUGAUAUUAAUGUACAUAACAUUAAUUA